AAGAAUAAACCACAAGAUGGCUACGGUAGAAUGUUGACAUCGGAUACGGAGGAUAAAUGUGGUGUUAAUAAUUUGUAUUAGCAGUAAAUUAGUGAUUUUAAUGGAUAACUUUGUGAUAAAUUAAGUUUUGUAUUUGAAAAUUGUUAAAGUGACUGUUGAGGAUAGGAAUUUAAGGAAUAAUGUCGGAGAAGUAUACCAUCAAUGGUCGAAUGAUGCCCAUGGGAGAUUACGGUGCAACGAAGAAAAAAGAUGAAGAUAGGGUGAAGAUCUUGCCUGAUGAUGCUAGUUCUACGACCUCGGACACAGGUAUACAGUUAGAGACUCGUUCAAGUCAUAGACUAGCUGAAGACAAGGACAAUUAUUUCAGAGAUGGAAUAAGGAAAAUCGAUUUUUUACUGGUGUACGAGGAGGACACAGAUAAGUCACAAGGGUUACAGACACAGAAAGGUUCACUUGAUCAUAAAAGAUACAAAUUCCUGGAAAGUUUGAGAAAAACUGGCCUAGAAAUUGAAGAGGAAGCAGGUGUUAUUAUUGAUAAAAAUCUUAUAGAUAAGGAGACCGUGCAGAGUGAAAAGAAGCAGAUAACGUAUGUCAAACUGUACGCCCCGUGGGACGUUUGCGUCUUCUACGCUGAAGAUCUUUGCAUGAGAGCUCCUUUGCAGGCACAUCCAAAUCCGAGGAGUAAUUGGUCAGACAAGAUACUGGGAGCUGUUCACAUACCAAAUAUUCUACAUGAAGACCUCCCACAUCAACCAUUGGACUAUUAUACUUGUGCUUUCAAAAAGUCCAAGCUUGAUAGGUUUCUGGGUAGCAGUAAUCACGAGACAUAUUUCUCGACUACACAAAGAAGUCGUAUAGUAUGGGAGAUAUUGACUACAGCCGCGUACGGCAAGAGGAAGAGGGCGGAGAUUGGUAUAGAAAGAUUGAUAGAGGAGGGCGUAUAUAGUGCCGCCUUCCCAUUACACGAUGGACCAUAUGAAAUCCCAAAAUACAGCAACCUUGACCCGGAAGCUUACAAUCCUCGCCAGGUUUUAUAUCAUUAUUGGGCAAGAUGGUGGAAGUGGAAUAAAUACCAGCCCCUAGAUCACAUCAGAGAAUAUUUCGGCGAAAAAAUUGGCAUAUAUUUUGCAUGGCUAGGUUUCUAUACAGCAUGGCUCCUCCCCGCUGCAUUUGUUGGAGUGGUUGUUUUCCUGUACGGUGUAUUCACCAUGUCCAAUAACACACCAGCGAACGAGGUGUGUGACAGUUAUCAGACGUACAAGAUGUGUCCUUUAUGUGACGUGAACAUAGGCUGUCCAUACUGGUACCUAUCAGAUGUUUGUAUAUAUACAAGAGUGGCCUAUCUGUUUGAUCACCCAGCUACAGUGUUUUACUCUAUAUUUGUCUCUUUUUGGGGUAAGCUUUACCUAUUUCUUUGUAAUACAGAAAGACCAAGACCAGAAUAUGCAGCAAAAAGCCCCAAAAUACGAGGAAAUCCCCAUCACUCGCGUUUAAAGAGCCAUGACAUUGGUUAUUAUAUUUAUCAUAGCUGUAAUAAUGUUUACCGUGUUACUUGUUGUUGUAUAUUUAUGGCCCUGGGAAGAGUAUAUGAAAAAUUGGCAUUAAGGAUGACACAAUGGGAAAUGCAUAGAACACAGACUGAAUUUGAAGACCAGUGACAUUUAAAGUUUUUAUUUUCCAAUUUUGUGCAUUUCUACUCAUCUAUAAUUUACAUUGCAUUUUUCAAAGGGAGAUUUACAGGUUAUCCUGGACAUUAUACAAAGUUUUUUGGACUUCGUAGUGAAGAGUGUAACAAUGGUGGAUGUCUGGUGGAGUUAGCCCAGCAGUUGGCAGUCAUCAUGAUUGGUAAACAGAUGAUAAAUAACGCCCAGGAAGUUAUCUUACCGAAGUUGAAGGCAUUUUGGCACAGGAUGAAGCUCAAGACAGACAAAAGUCGUAUGAAGGCAAGAUGGGAGGCAGACUAUGAGUUGAUACCUAACGAAGGAUUGUUCGAGGAAUAUCUUGAAAUGGUGCUACAGUUUGGAUUUAUAACAAUAUUUGUGGCUGCAUUCCCUCUGGCCCCGUUGUUUGCCCUGUUAAACAACUGGUUAGAGAUCCGUAUUGAUGCUCAGAAGUUUGUGUGCGAGACCCGGCGACCUGUGGCUGACAGGGCACAAGAUAUCGGGGUCUGGUUUACCAUCAUGGAUGCCUUGGCGCACAUGGCUGUUAUUAGUAACGCAUUUUUAAUUGCAUUUACGUCAGAGUUUUUACCACGACUAUUAUAUCAGUACCAGUAUGACUGGAACCUGAACGGUUACACGAACUUUACACUGGCUGUAUCACCUAAUGGUACACUCAAUGAAACAUGCAGAUACAUUGCAUUUAGAGACCAGACUGGAGAGUACUCAAUGUUUUUCUGGCAUUUACUGGCUAUAAGGCUCGCCUUUGUUAUUGUUUUUGAGCAUUUUGUGUUUGGUGUAUGCCGGUUGAUAGAUAUUUUAGUGCCAGACGUCCCGGAAUCUUUGUCAUUAAAAAUAAAGCGGGAACAUUAUUUAGCCAAACAAGCUCUUGCUGAUACAGAUACUAUAAUGAAGGGCCUAGAUACCAAGAGAAAAUCUGCAUCAAACGUUAUCAAUGAUGAUAACGAUGAUGAUGAUGACGACGAUGAUUUGCUGGAUAUUGCAAGAGGUGAAGAUGGAGGGGAGCAAGGGAGAUAACCCUGAUACUGUUGGACAGUUUUCAAGGGAGGUUACUACAACAGAAAAUGACAGCAGAUUAUCCUGAACUUUAUUGUUACGUUUCUAACUCCGUCUAAAUCCUGUUAUUUUUUCACCAGACAAGUUUAACUAAGCUGCUUUGAAUUCUGUUGUGCUCUGCAGUGUUUUUCAGUAGAAUGAUUAUGUGUAAAAUUUAAAAAACAAGCUGUUAAUGUUAUGAAAUGCUUGUGCUUUUUACAUCUUAUACAUGAAGGUAACUUAAGGUUGUGAGGUAGAAUAGCUUAGCUAGUCACAUCAGUGUAGAGUUUAUAUGUAGAACAUUUAUACAUGUACAUGUGUCAAAAAUGCUUAUAAUAAUAUUAUUUAUACCCUCACCAUGCAAAAAAUUAGCAUAUUAUGUUAAACAGAACAACCCACCAUCUGGAAGCUAGCUGGAUAGCUUCCUCGUAUGCACAGAAGGGCACCCGGGGUGUUCCUCCACCAGUAAAACGGGAACGUCACCAAAUGACUUAUACUGUGUUGGUGUGACGUAAAACACAAUCAGACAAACAAAAUGUAAAACAGAUUACACUUAAGUUUUCUAACACAACAGG